UGGCCUGGGGGGGCAGGGGCUGAGUCUGGGGCUGGGCCUCCAUCCAGAAGCCUGGCUUUUCUGCCACUUCAGGGCCCUCCCCCCACCCCAAUAAAAGAAGGGCCAGAAGGGGCUUGGUGAGAUGCCUUGAUGCCUCUCCCCUCUGAACCCUGCAGCCAGCCCGUGGUAGCUUGGGUCUGGGGCACCAUGGCCCAGGCCCUGGGGGAGGACCUCGUACAAACUUCCGAGGGGCAGGAUGACUCCAGCUCUUUGGGGUCUGACUCCGAGCUGAGUGGGCCCAGCCCAUAUCGCCAGGCUGAUCGCUAUGGCUUCAUUGGGGGCAGCUCAGCAGAACCAGGGCCAGGUCACCCUCCUGCAGACCUUAUCCGCCAGCGGGAGAUGAAGUGGGUAGAGAUGACCUCGCACUGGGAGAAAACCAUGUCUCGGCGGUACAAGAAGGUAAAGAUGCAGUGCCGGAAAGGCAUCCCCUCGGCUCUGCGGGCCCGCUGCUGGCCCCUGUUGUGCGGGGCCCAUGUGUGUCAGCAGAACAGUCCAGGCACCUAUCAGGAACUGGCCGAAGCCCCUGGAGACCCACAGUGGAUGGAGACCAUCAGCCGGGACCUGCACCGCCAGUUCCCUCUACACGAGAUGUUUGUGUCGCCCCAGGGUCACGGGCAGCAGGGGCUCCUGCAGGUACUCAAGGCCUACACCCUGCAUCGGCCUGAACAGGGCUACUGUCAGGCCCAAGGCCCUGUGGCCGCUGUGCUGCUCAUGCAUCUGCCCCCAGAGGAGGCCUUCUGGUGCCUGGUACAGAUCUGCGAGGUCUACCUCCCCGGCUACUAUGGGCCCCAUAUGGAGGCCGUGCAGCUGGAUGCCGAGGUGUUCACGGCUCUGCUUCGACGGCUGCUCCCGCGCGUGCACAAGCACCUGCAGCAGGUGGGCGUCGGGCCUCUGCUCUACCUGCCUGAGUGGUUCCUGUGUCUCUUCGCCCGCUCCCUGCCCUUCCCCACCGUGCUGCGUGUCUGGGACGCCUUCCUCAGCGAGGGCGUGAAGGUGCUAUUCCGAGUGGGGCUGACGCUCGUGCGCCUGGCGCUGGGCACCACAGAACAGCGCCUGGCCUGCCCCGGGCUCCUGGAGACCCUCGGUGCCCUGCGAGCCAUCCCACCCACCCAGCUGCAGGAGGAGGUCUUCAUGUCCCAGGUGCACAGCGUGGCCCUGUCUGAGCAGGACUUGCAGCGGGAAAUCAGGGUCCAGCUGGCCCGGCUGCCUGAGUCCACGUCCGGGCCGCCCCCCAGGCCUCAGGCCCGCCUGCCUGGGGCCCAAGCCAUCUUUGAGGCCCAGCAGCUGGCAGGGGUGAGAGGAGGCACCAGGCCCGAGGUGCCCCAAAUCGUGGUGCAGCCCCCAGAGGAGCCCAGGCCCCCGCGGCGCAAGCCCCAGACCCGAGGAAAGACCUUCCAUGGGCUCCUGACUCGGCCCAGGGGUCCCCCUCUCGAGGGCCCCUCCAGGUCUCAUCGAGGCUCCACCUCCUUCCUGGAUACCCGGUUCUGAAGGUUCGACUUCUGAGGGCAUCAUGGACUCAGUGUUCCCGAAGCCCGAUUGCUCGAUGGGCUGAUGCCCGCCUCAGAAACGGGCCCUGCACUUUACCGCUGGGGUCUGGCGUCUCCCUGGCCAGGGACUGUGCGACACGAGGAUGAAGGAAGGCCACGGAGUGCGGUGUCGCGGGUCCGGGCCUGCCAUUCUCCCGCAGAGCCAUCCUGGUGCGCCCGCCCUCGCAAACAUGGAAGCAGGCACCGAAGGAGUGUGGGGUGCAGGGCACCUGGCUGGGCUAGGGGACCCCAAAGGGCUCCUGGAGAGGCCUAGAAUAAAGGCUCACUGAGCAGAA